AAGGACUGAGAAAUGCAAAGAGCCAAAUCAGCAAAGCAGCGAGGCCGCUGAAAAAAAAAAAAGAAAAAGAGUGAUAGAGAGAAAAAUUUCUGCAACUGUGUUCAAUAAAAACUUUCUUUUUCACCUUCCCCCUUCUCUGUAAUUCCCCGCUUCUCUGUAUCCCAUUCUGUCAAUCGUCUGUCUUUCAAAACUUAUAUUGGUUUUUGUUUUCUUGGUGAAACAGGCGAACCAUUUGAAAUUGAAAGCCAGGUGAUUCAGAAUAGAGAUUCAGGCUUAUUUUAACUCCCUGUAUUUUCUUUCUUUCUUUCUACAAGGUUUUAGUUUCAUCAACUUGGAGGGUUUAUUUUUGCUCCCUCAAGUUUGGUCCAUUUUUUUCAAGCUUUUUUAGGAUUUUGGUUUGCGCUUUAAAAAACUUACAUUUUUAUCUUGUUCUCUUGUUUGCUGUUUAUAUAAAACCAGUUCUCCCUGUUCUUGAAUUUUGUUAAGUAACAGGUUAAUUUGAAGAUCUUUCUUUGUCUUUGAGAUUGAGAAAGGUAUGGCAGCAGCUAUAGAUUUCUACAAAAGCAGCACAACACCAGGUUUCUCAAUUAUAGAUCCUUGUAGAGAAGAACUCAUGAAAGCACUUGAGCCUUUUAUGAAAAGUGCUUCACCAACCUCUACUCUAACGUCCCCUUCUUAUUCUUCACUAUCUCCCUCUACUUCUCCUUCUCCUUCUCCAUCUUGUUCUUCCUCCUAUUACCCUUCUAGCUCUUAUGACUCUCCAAUGUCAUCGCAGCCCAGCUUUUACUCUGAUUUUAGAUCCCCAUCUAGUACCCACAUGUUUUCUCAAGGGUUCGCUAAUUAUAACCAGAUGGGUUUUGAGCAAACAGGUUCAAUAGGGCUUAACCACCUCACCCCUUCUCAAAUCCUCCAAAUCCAAGCCCAAAUUCACCUCCAGCAACUGCAACAGCAACAACAAAUUGCCAAUCUUACCACAACUUCGCACUCGCUCCUCAACCAAAGGCUUAAUUACUUGGCUCCAAAACCUGUCCCCAUGAAACAAUCUACUUCUCCUCCAAAGCCAACAAAACUCUACAGAGGAGUGAGGCAGCGGCAUUGGGGCAAAUGGGUCGCUGAGAUCAGACUCCCCAAGAACAGGACAAGACUCUGGCUUGGCACUUUUGACACAGCUGAAGAGGCAGCCUUGGCUUAUGACAAGGCAGCUUAUAAGCUAAGAGGAGAAUUUGCCAGGCUUAACUUUCCCCAUCUUCGCCACCAAGGAGCUCAUGUCUCUGGAGAAUUUGGCGACUACAAGCCUCUCCAUUCCUCUGUUGAUGCAAAGUUGCAAGCUAUUUGUCAAAGCUUGGCAAACUCGCAGAAACAGGGGAAAAGCGGGGAGCAGAUUUCCGCCGAUGAUUCGAAGAAAACUCUAUCAGCUCCUUCACAGGAGAAGAAGGAAGAUGAUUGCUCCAUAAAAGGUGAACUGAAAAGGGAGUUUGAGACUUGUGGAGUUGAGGAUUAUAAGGUGGAGAUUUCAGCAGCAUCACCAGCACCAGUUUCAUCUGAUGAGUCAUUAGCUGGUUCUUCACCACAGUCUGAGAUUUCAUUCUUGGAUUUCUCUGAUUCCUCACAGUGGGAUGAGACCGAGAAUUUUAGUUUGGAGAAGUACCCUUCGUUGGAGAUUGACUGGACUGCCCUCUAAGUUUCAAUUAUUAUGUAAUCUUUUUGGUCAAUUUUCUUUUUAUUUUGGUGUCUUAGGUAGCUUCUGCAAUGAAAUUUUUGGCAUUUGCAGAGCUGCAAAUAGGGUCAGUCCUAGAUAUAUGAGUAUGAAGUAGCUGGUUACAUGUUGUACUUGUAUGUCCAUAUGUAAGAGCCGCCUCUCUAUUUGGUCUUACUGGUUCAUUUUUUCCUUGCUUGACCAUAGGAGAGUUUCUAAGUUGGGUUUGAAAUUUUAGGUAGUGUAAUUAAGUAUCGUCUUUCAACACAUCAAUGUAUCUUUUUCCUGUAAUUUUUGUAUAAAUAUGAUUGUGUUUGCUUGCUUUA